AUGGCUCCCAAGUCUUGCCGGGAGGCUGGAGAAGCCAAGGAAGAGGCUUCCCCACCUCUGGUGGAUGAAGAGCUGCUCACUAGCCACCUGGGGCCUCCAGAGGAUACACCUGCAGACCUGCUGAGUCCCGAAAGCCUGAAGGACACCAAGCCCCGCUCCGCACAAGUGGUCUCCCUCAAGCUGCAAGUGGACCCCGAGUCCCUGGACCCCCGCACAUUGCGGAUGCUGUGGAGGCAGCGAGAACUGGAGAUCCAGGCUCUGCGGUAUGCCGUCCAGAACCCCCAGGAUGCCCGGCACUGCCACAUUCUGCAAGAGGUGGCUGGGCUUCCACCUGAGAGGAGUUCUCGCAGUCAGGAAAAAGUCCUGCAGGCCCAGGUCCAGAAGCUGACUCUGGAGUUGAAAGAGCGAAAGGAACAGGCCCAGGAGGAGAAGACAAAUCUGGAGGAGGAGCUGCUGCGAACCAAGACCUUGAUGGAGCAGCUGGAGGCCGAGGUGCAGGCCUUGGAAAAGUCCUGCCUCCUGCAGCUGGCCAGCUCGUCCUGGGUGGGUCGCAUGCUGAAGUCGUCCACUGGCAGUGUGGAGGUAGUGCCUGCAGAGACCCUGAUGGAACCCAGUGACCACUCUGAGAACGAUGAAGACACUGCUGCUCGGAAGGUUAUCCGGCUGGAGGAUGUGGACUGGAACAGCAUCGCCCGUCGGUACCCCAACCUCUUCACCAACAUCAAGUUGAGCUCGCAGUACAAGCACCUCUCACCCCGGCAGCCCCCAGAGCCCCCACAGCGCCCACCGGCCUCACCGACUAACGAACGUGGCUCUGAGUUGUGCAAACAGUACAUGGAGCGUCAUAUCAAGAGUGUGGAGUGGUGCUCCCUGCCCUUCGUGGGCACCAGCAGCUCAGGGGACGCUGAUUCUGACUCCAGCAACUGCCGCCUGGAUGAGCAGUCUGGCAUGCAGAAGGCGACAGGGCAUCCGCCCCAGGGACCAGGCCACAUUUCUUUCCAGCAAAUAGACUCGGGGGCCAGGAACUUCAGCCUCCUCUCUCUGAAUAUCCGGGAAACGCACUCAGACCGGCGGGAUAAAAUUGUCCAGCUGCGCAAGUCCCCUGCAGAUUCCAAACUUUGGGACCCAGCGCACCCUUGGAGGGCCGGCUCCUGCCUGAAGAUCGUGGCUGUGAGCCUUCGAGACAGGUUCGUCUGCAUCCUCAACGAGUCAAUGGAAGAGACGAUGGACCUGGGUGGCUUCACCCUGCAGCAGUUCGAGCGCGACUUCCCGGUGUGCUUGUACCGCUUCCCGCCCCGCACGCUGCUGGGGCCGCAGCGCCACCUCACGGUGUGGGGCAAGGGGCCUGGCAGCACCAAGAAGCAGCCGCCCUCGUCCGUGGGCAGGAAGCCUCUCCACUUCCACCCCAGUCGGAGCUUGGUGACUCUUCUCCUGAGCCCCAAGGGCGAGGUUUUCAGCAAGCACCACGCCCCGCAUUGCGUGACCCCCGUUUCGAGGAUCUUCGACGAUAACACCAACUUGUCCAUCGACAGCUUCCCACUCUCAGGGGCCCAGACUGGGGCCGACACUCGAGAGCAGCGGCGCCCGCCCCGAUCCCCGCGCAACGGUCGGGUGCGGGAGGUCCGGGCCCGGCGCCGGAGGACGGGAGGACCGGCUGCGCCUCGCGGACUGCCAGGCCAGGAACGAGCACAGGGUCCGGGUGAGUGCGCGCACACGGGUGUCCAGGUGUGCCGGAAGACCGUGGACCGGGGCUGCCCGAUGGUGGCGCUGUCCGUGCACAGCAGAGCCGAGAAAAGAUUCGGUUUCCGCUUCCUCAGCUGCCCGCCCAUCACCGCGGACGCGGGCCGGCGGGUGUAG